GAAGCUGGAACUUUUAUUUUGACGCUAAGAACCGGAUGUGACGUUUUAUUAUUGUCCUGCCCACCAGUGUAGCCCGUCGUCGCGCGUAUAAUCAAAGUGUUCGGAAUAAAUAAUGGUUUAGUAAUUAACAGCAGGUAGCUGAAGGUACAUGGGGGUUUCCAGGUGAAGUGGACAUGAAUUCCUCAGUCAGGCGCAAACUCAGCGAUGGCAAAACUGGAUUUUCCCGAGCAAAGGGCAGCAAAAGCGACGAGCAUGAAGGCAAACCGGGAACAUCGAGCGUUUCUCUUCCUUCAUCUCCAACCAGAGAAGAAGAGCCGAGUCCUGAAAACAACUCCGAGGAGUCGAGCCGAGCAGGAAGGAGUGGAGAAGCUCAGCGUGGCUCGUCAUCAGAUGAUGAUUCAGAGAAGACUCUUAUCAUCACAGUCGAUAAGGAGCAAAGCUGCCCUCGGCAAAGCGGGAAAGUGAAACGAGGUGUGAAAAGGAAAAGGGAGGUAAGUGAGGCAGGGUCCCAGGUGUUGGUGGAGGAGGAGGAGGAGGAUGAACUCCAGCCAGAUGUGGAGAUUGACCGAGAGCUGGACAGGGAGCUGGAGAACAAGUCACGGCAGCAUAACCUGACCUCGGCUAACGUGCGCAGUAUUAUACACGAAGUGAUUACCAACGAGCACGUCGUGGCAAUGAUGAAAGCCGCCAUCAACGAGACUGAACCUGUGCCUCUGUUUGAGCCUAAGAUGACCCGCUCUAAACUGAAGGAGGUGGUGGAGAAAGGAGUGGUCAUUCCUACUUGGAACAUUUCAUCGAUCAAGAAGCCGAGCAAAUUGAAGGCUCCCCAGUUCGUGGACAUUCCUUUAGAGGAGGAGGACUCGUCUGACGAAGAGUACCGACCUGACGAGGAGGAGGAGGAUGAGACGGCAGAGGACACACUUCUGGAAAGUGAUUUGGAGAGUACAGCGUCAUCACCACGUGGCACACGACUAAACCUCAACAGAUCCUUCAGCGAAUAUGAUGUGGAAAACAGCUGCAGCCCCAGACAGAGCUCACGCAGGUCACGGCAUGUGACGGUGUCGGUUGCGCCCAUGGGCCCCCCUCCUCCUCCUCAGGGCCCGGAGCCUCCACCACCCCAGACUGAGUGCAGCUUCAUGGAGAAACUCCACGCUGUGGAUGAGGAGCUGGCCAUCGCUUCCGACUGCAUGGACUCUUACCAGUCUCUUACCAGUAACGAAGAAGAAGGUGAAGAAAGCCUGAUGGCCUUCCGCACUCGUUCCAAGCGGCCACUGAGAGACGUGCCUCUGGGUCGUUUAGAGGCGGAGCUUCGAGCUCCUGACAUCACUCCAGAUAUGUACGAGUUUGGCUCCGCCCGCGAGGACAGGGAGUGGACGCGGUGGCUGCAGGGCCUCAUGACCUCGGACGUGGAGAACGAAGAAGAGGGCGAUGAUGACGAUGAUCCAGAGUAUAACUUCCUGGCUGACAUCGAUGAGCCAGAUGUGGAAGAUUACCGGAACGACAAGGCCGUGCGCAUCACCAAGAAGGAAGUGAACGAACUGAUGGAAGAGCUGUUUGACACCUUUCAGGAUGAAUUAGGGGGUCAGGAUGAGGAAGGCCAUGAGGAGGAGGAGGAAAAGGAGGAAGAAGACACUCUCCAGCAAGAGCCACCCAGUAUUCUGGAAACAAUUCAGUAUGAGGACCCUUUGGCGGAUAUUCUGAACCAGCGCUACCGCACAGUGAAGGAGCAGUUGGAUGCUAUCCGCAAACGAAAGGCUCUGUUGGAGAGUAAAGGAGUGUCUGUUCCUCCUAAACGCCCCAGCAACCCCACCUCUUUGUAUCUAAGCCCUGCCCAGAAGCUCCGCCUCCAGCAGCACAUGCAGCAGCACGUGCAGCUCCUGACUCAGGUGAACAUGCUGAGCAGGUCAGUGGACGGUCUCCAGGCUGAGGCCUGCACAGCUCGACAGUUCCUGUCAGAGCUGCAGUUCUUCGCGCAGCACGGAGAGCAGGCACAGCAGGUCACGGCUCCUGGAUUCGUCAGCAUCUUUAGAGCGUGUAACCUCCAGGCCGCCGUGUCUCUCCUCGAGGAAUUGGAUCAGUCUCCUAAAUCUGACACCCGGGACCCUUGUCCGGUGUUCCCAGGGACCCAGAUCCCAGCCGAUUUGGCCUGGAUGAUGGUGACGCGGCCGGUGUUCCUCUACCCGCAGCUACUUCCCGUGGUCAGACUGCGGCAGUUCCGUCAGAAAGGGCCGUUUACGUCAGCAGAAAACUGUCUGGUGAUUUUAGGCCAUCAGCACCUCAGUGGCACGGUGAAUCCUUUGAAGCUGACCUGCCAAUACCUGCUGGCAGCGAGAAACGUCGUCUGUCUGAGAGCGCACGUCCGCGCCGUGUGUCAGAAACAGCGCCCCAACUUUAUCAAGAGAUACUUUCUAGAAGGAAAAUGUCCCCCAAUGCCCUUGGCCUGUGAGAAAGUCAGUCCCAGUGAUCAGCGCCCCCCAGUGGAAAGAGAGACACGCCUCAUGCCUCGCUGGCUUUCGGAAAACCUUCGGCGAAUCCGCGAGGAAGUGCGAAAGUACAAUCCUCAACAUGCCGAUCCUGAGGAAACCUCGAAAGAAGACUCGCCCUCUCCGUCUUCCAGCUUCCCCCCGGGUACCCGCUACCCUCCCACCCUGCCCGAUCCCCUCGCUCGUAAACCACGGUCUCUUAGGGGUCCCGUUAGAAAAAAGCCAUCGAGUACGCCCUCUUCGGACGCUCCAACCCAAUCCAAACCGCCGCCAUCGCUCAGAGAUGUGGAGAAAGCUCUGAGUCGUCUACCGCCCCUUCUGCCCAAGUUUGCUGACCAGAACGUUAAGCCUGAUCAGAUUGUUAACUCUGUUUCAAAGAAGCAAAAAUUCAAAUGUAGAGCUAAAUCUGCUAGUAGUGCCGGGAAGACCCAGGUGGCCAUAAAUAAGGUUACAAAUUCAUCGGCGCAAAACCAAGGAAAGCUCAUCAUCACUUUACCCACCGCUCCGGUUACUUCCAGUGGAGAAACCCAGAUAACAGUGCCUCGUGCUGCUACAAUAGGCCCAAGCCAGGGAAACGUCUUCAUGACUUUAGCUACUGCGCUCAUAUGUCCUAUCCCGAGUGCUACUCUAGUGGCCCAGACACCGUCAUCCUUCACCCCGUUGGUUAAAGAGCACACGAGUCAGCGCUGUGAGACUUUACUCAAGCUGAGCAUGGGACAGAGACCUACUCUCAACCCUCUGUCUGUAUCUUCUCAGUUGUUUCUACUGCCUCCAGGCUGUGUAGUUACAAACGGCGCUAACGUCGGCCUCGAUCACAGCCAAACAUCCGGCGUAGCCCAGGAACCAGGGCUGGAAGAGAACUUUCCAGAAAGCAUGUCAGUUUCCCAAGCAAAUAGCGGUAACGACGUCCAGGAACACGAUGAAAUGGAGACGGACGUUCACGAGGAGGAACUGGAGUGCGGAGACGAAGUCUCCAGAGAGCCGUUCCUCACCUUGUCGGAAUCUUCCGGAAGCCCAGCGCCUAGUUUGUCUGGGGAAACCAGGGACGGCGAAGCGGAAGACGUAGAGGAGCAGAACGUCACGUCGCCUGCUCCUGCAACGUCCGAGCCGUGUUUGCCAGAGCUUCAGGAGACCGUGGAGAAAUUGGCGAAGCUGGCGUCGGAUCCUGAUGAAAAAAGACUUUCGAGGGAAGAAAAGCCAGACGGUCGUGCUACAGGAGAGGACGUCGCGGAGUCAGAGCAUCGCUACGACGAUUUAUCUGACGACGAUCCUCUGAGAGACAUCAAAGACAUAGCCUUCGCGCAAGCGUACUUAGAGAAGGUGUGCGAGGCUCUCCAGGUGGUGCCGGGGAAGGUGGAGGAAUUCCUGAGCGUGCUGUAUGAGUUCGAGAGUAACCCCGAGGGCAAGACGGCGGUGGAGCUCUUCGUGAGACUCAAACCUGUAUUGAGCGACUGGCCUGAGCUGCUGCGAGACUUCGCCGCCUUCCUGCACCCAGAACAAGCCCGGGAGUGCGGCCUGGCGGAGGAGCAGCAGGCGUUUGAGAGGAGCCGGAGGUUCCUGCGGCAGCUGGAGCUCAGUUUCGGAGAGCACUCCAUGCACUACAGGAGGGUAGUGCGCACUCUGCAGAAGGGGCUACCUAAAACUCGCAGAGGCUCAGAGGAGAUGAAGGCGCAGAUAGCGCUGCUCUUUCGCGACCGCGCCCACUUGCUGAAGGAGUACUGGGUGUUUUACGAGCAGCUCCACUCUACAGUGCAGCGCGUGUCUGAUGAUGACGAAGACGAGGAAGAGGAGGAGGCGGAGACCGACGGCAGGGUGCACGGUGCGGGGGAAGGUCGGCGACUCGAGGCGUCCGAAAAUCCAAAAAAUCAAAGGCACAUCCAGGGGAAAUUGCGUCUUUCCGAGAUGACGGAUGCGCGGAGCGGAGAAGAAGAUCCACAGUCCCACCUCAGCGCUUCACAGAGUCCCGUCUGUGCCAAGAACUGUUCGCGCAUGCCGAGCGGAGAGAAAGUUGUGCUCUGGACAAGAGAGGCAGAUCGUGUGAUACUCACUACAUGUCAGAAGAGAGGAGCCUGUCAAAGCACCUUUACUUCUAUUGCUGCUCAGCUGGGUGGUAAAACAGCCACGGAGGUCGGUGCACGCUAUCAGGACCUCGUAAAACUAUUCCGCAAGUCCACGGAGCAGCAUCACAGCAGCCACGUGGACACCGAGGGCCAGUUCCACCCGACUGAAGAGAAACCGGACUAGUGCAUGUCCACAACUCGUAUCAC